AUGGCCGCGCAGUCAAAGCCCGCCCCAAUUGGGCCAUGGGGUAAAGCGACGGCAGGUGCCGCGGGCGCGGUCUUCGCCAAUGCGCUCGUCUACCCCCUCGACCUCAUCAAGACGAAGCUCCAGGUUCAAGUAAAGCCGACCGACGCCGAGAAGACCGACGAGAAAUCCGAUGAGGCGCACUACAAGGGUACAUGGGACGCCGUGUCCAAGAUCGCCUCCGCCGAGGGUGUCGCGGGCUUGUACGCCGGCAUGGGCGGUUCCCUGCUGGGUGUUGCCUCGACCAACUUCGCCUACUUUUACUGGUACUCCAUUGUUCGCACCCUCUACCUCAAGUACGCCAAGGCGGCAGGCCAGCCAUCCACCGUCGUUGAGCUGUCCCUCGGCGCCGCUGCCGGUGCGCUUGCGCAGCUCUUCACGAUCCCCGUCGCCGUCAUCACAACUCGGCAACAAACGCAGAGCAAGGGGGAGAGGAAGGGCUUUAUCGACACUGCGCGCGAAGUGGUCGAGGGUGAAGAUGGCGUGUCCGGGCUGUGGAGGGGGCUGAAGGCGAGCUUGGUGCUGGUAAUCAACCCGUCUAUCACAUACGGAGCCUAUGAGAGGUUGAAGGACGUUCUCUUCCCGGGGAAGAAGAACCUGUCGCCCUUGGAGGCUUUCGCCCUCGGCGCAAUGUCCAAGGCGCUCGCCACCAUCGUCACCCAGCCCCUGAUCGUGGCCAAGGUCGGCCUGCAGUCGAAGCCACCCCCGGCGCGGCAGGGGAAGCCGUUCAAGAGCUUCAUCGAGGUCAUGCAAUUUAUUAUUGCAAACGAAGGACCAAGGAGUCUGUUCAAGGGCAUUGGGCCGCAGAUCCUCAAGGGACUGUUGGUACAGGGCAUCCUGAUGAUGACGAAGGAGCGGUACGUUCUGCAAACCGUGCAUGUGCAUUUGGCGCCUGAGUCCAAGAACUCGUCUCAGCACAACCAGUCGCGCAAGGCGCACCGGAACGGCAUCAAGAAGCCUAAGACCCAGAGGUACCCCUCGCUGAACGGCACCGACCCCAAGUUCCGCAGGAACCACAGGCAUGCGCUCCACGGCACCGCGAAGGCUCUGAAGGAGUUCAAGGAGGGCAAGAGGGAGACUGCCUAA